AUGAUGCUACUGCUGAUAACACAAGUAUAAAACGGAAAACUUCGGUGUCGCGGUACACAUUUCUCCAAGAGCUUCUCACAAAACACCGACGGAAACAUGGCCGAGUUUUCUGACUGCAUGUUUGUGAUCCCUAACGGGAGGAGGGUCUUUAAACCUGGUCAGAUCAUUCAAGGCAAAGUGUCCAUCAUGUGUAACCAGGACACAGCGGUGAGUGGUCUGAACCUUUACAUCUACGGUAGCGCUCACACGGCCUGGGAUAACCCAGCCGGCUAUGUUACCCAGCAGGAGUUCUACAUUAACCUAUACAGGUGUCUCUUUGGCAACCGACCGAACCAGACAGGCCCGCCACACCUACUGACCGCGGGGAAGCAGGUCUACAGCUUCGCCUUCAGACUGCCGGACCGCGGGCUGCCCUCGUCAUUCGAGAGCUUCUACGGCUCCAUCCGAUACUACCUGAAAUUCGUCAUCAGCAUGCCCUCACGCAAGACACGCUGCUGGUACAGAUUCUUCACGGUGCUGGCUCUGUCUGAGGAAACGCCGGCCCUGUUCAUCACCCCCUGCACUGGGCAGGCCGAGAAGAGCGUCUCGAGAGCACUGGGGCUAGGCAAUGCCGGCAAACUCAUCUUGUCAGCAACGGCAAACAAAUCGGCAUAUUUGCCGGGCCAGACGAUCCUGCUGAACGUCGAGGCAAAGAACGAGAGCGGCAAAGAUCUUGGCUUCGUCAAGGCUUCGUUGGUCCAGAGCGUCUUCUACACGGCUCAAGGCAGGUCAAUGGUCAAGUCGUGGGACAUCCGCACAGUCGUGUCGUCUGUCAAGCUGCGAGCUGGCCAGACGAUGGUCUGGACCAACCAACCGCUGGAGGUGGACCAAGUGCCGCCCAGCAUACCGAACCCGCCGUGCCGCCUGAUCCAGGUGUCCUACCACCUGCGUGUCCUGGUCGAGGUGCCGCUAGGACACGACCUGGCGCUCAAGCUACAGCUCCACAUCACCACCGACGCACCGGACUGCGACAAGCAGUAUCGGCCAUGUAACACCGGCUUCGACCGUUUUGCCCACUGUGUGGCCAACCUGCCCUACGUCCCUUGGACAGUUUGUGACAGCAGCAGCGGGCAAGCAUCACGUGGGCAACUCCCUGUCUACGACUCGACCCGACCCACAGAUUCUAAAACUUGCGCACACGUCAGUUCUCAGGCUCCAUCUGUUGCAUGCUCUGUACAAGACUCACCUGUCGCCCCGCCCACUUACGAGGAGGCCAUCGCCUACUCCAAUGUUUCUCUAGCUGAUAAAGGCGCUUUCCUUCUCAUUCGUUUCCCCGUGAAAGAAAGUCUGACGGUGAAAGAACGCCUGUUGAACGAACAAGCAUCACUGGUGUCCCAUGGAGGCUACGUCCUCAACUUUUGUACGGCCCCGUACGUGGGCAGCUCCAGCAUCCCCUGGCCCAAGAACACGGCGGCUGCUGUCCUGUACUUUAAAGACGGCAGACAGGCCGAGCGUUGGAUGGGCAGCGUCACACGUACACACCCAGGUCAAGCCGAGCACUGGUCAGCUCUGGUCUCAGAGAACAGCGCCAGCCUGACAGCACCAAACGCCAGGGGUCAAACCUUGCAAGUCACCAUCUCCUGCACCAGGCACCAACCAUCAGAGGACACGGCGUCACAGGACGCGGCGUCACAGGACGCGGCGUCGCACAGAAAGAAACUUAACGUUCUCGCUGAAGCCGCAGGAGGAAGACUUAUUCUGGACUCCAGGCAGACGAGAUUUGUGCAGGGAGAUUGGUCAGCGUAUGCUGGGGAGAACCAAACGUCAGCACCACUGGCGGCAGACGGAAGCUAUGGCAGUGACGUCACAACGGACAAUCUAUCUUCAGGAUUGGCUCCGCUAACCGUUAAUGAAAAGACGACCCCACAAUCAUCCCAAGAAGAAGCGACCCCACAAUCAUCACAAGAAGAGGCGACCCUACAAUUAUCCCAAGAAGAAGCGACCCCACAAACAUCCCAAGAAGAAGCGACCCCACAAACAUCCCAAGAAGAAGCGACCCCACAAACAUCCCAAGAAGAAGCGACCCCAGCAGACGACUGGGCAGACGCAUGUGACGAGGAUGGUCUGGAGUCUGCCAAUGAUCAGACGAGCGUGAGUGUCGUCUGCUACCAGUUCCCGGAUGUCAACAAACAUUUGGAGUUUUCCAGCGCACUUGCAGCUGACCAGGAUCUCUUGGAUGACCUUGAAAGGUCAGAGAGCUGGGGGUCAACAAACGUCAUCCUCAAUGGCAGACCCCUGUACUAAUGUUUUGAUGAUCCCAGUACUAAUGUUUUGAUGACCCUUAUUAAUCUCUAUAUGUAUGUAUUAAUGUCUAGAUAACGUAUGUAUUAAUGUCUAGAUCACGUAUGUAUUAAUGUCUAGAUGACGUAUGUAAUGUCUAGAUGACGUAUGUAUUGAUGUCUACAAGACCCCUCCACUGAAAUUGAAAAGUAAACCUAGGUCGGUUUUGACAGGGUUGCCGUCUGCUAUUUUUUGGGCGCGAUUAGAUAAAAUAAUGAGAUCAAACGAUGAGAUAAGCCACGUGAUAGCUGAACUGGAGAGAUAGAUGCGCAAUAGUUUGACUAGAUUAAAACUGAAGUGUUCAAUCAGUUACUGAUAGUAUUACACUUAGAAAUGUACACACAUAAACACACCUGCACACUAACACGCCUGUACACACUUGUUCACAGUUGUACACACACUUGUACAAAAACACACCUGUCCGAAUUCUUGUCCCAUUGUGAUCUACAUCUGAGUUUAAGAUUAUUUUAAAAAAAAUUCUUUGGGUCUUUUCAUCAGCCUUUUCAACUUUCUUUAAUUGCCCGACAUUUUUUUCUUUCCUUUUUAACUUUAAAACCUCACCAUGAUGAAUUUUUUCUAAAGAAUAGUUUGUUGUAAUUAAAAGAUUUUUUGUAAUGAAUAAUUUGUUUAAAAGCUUAUUUAAAAAAAAGUUGAAAUUAUAAUUGUUUUUCAGUCAAUUAAAUAAUUUAUUGUAAUUAAUACAUUUUUAAUAAAUAGAUUUUUAAAUAAAGAAUAAUUUGU